GCUGACACUCCUAAUCAUGGCUCUGAUAGGAAAUGACACCUCAGCUCGCCCCGAUUAUGUCCCCCAUUACCUCCUGGCGGGCGACCCUUUCGCCUCCAAGCUGUCCAAGGAGGCCGACAUCGUGGCUGCUUUCUACAUCUGCAUCAUAGGGAUCAUGUCAGCCAUAGGAAAUGGCUAUGUUAUAUACAUGACCAUCAAACGCAAGACAAAGCUAAGGCCGCCUGAGCUCAUGACAGUCAACUUAGCCAUAUUUGACUUUUGCAUAUCAGUCACAGGGAAGCCGUUCUUUGUGGCGUCCAGUUUCUCCCACCGCUGGCUGUUUGGCUGGGAGGGCUGUCGUUUCUAUGGCUGGGCUGGCUUCUUCUUCGGUGUCGGCAGCCUCAUCACCAUGACCAUAGUCAGCCUAGACAGAUACCUCAAGAUCUGCCACCUCAGAUACGGAACGUGGCUAAAGAGGCAACAUGCUUUCCUGAGUGUGGUGUUUGUGUGGCUGUAUGCAGGCUUCUGGGCCACCAUGCCCCUGGUGGGCUGGGGCAGCUAUGCUCCCGAGCCCUUUGGCACUUCCUGCACUCUGGACUGGUGGCUGGCCCAGGCUUCCGUGGCGGGCCAGAGCUUCGUCAUUGCAAUCCUCUUCUUCUGUCUUAUCUUCCCCACCGGCAUCAUCGUUUUCUCCUACGUCAUGAUCAUCUUCAAGGUCAAGUCCUCAGCCAAGGAAAUCUCUCACUUUGACACCAGGAACAAGAACAGCCAUAAUCUGGAGAUGAAACUGACCAAGGUGGCGAUGCUGAUCUGCGCUGGUUUCUUGAUAGCGUGGAUCCCUUAUGCAGUGGUCUCAGUGGUGUCUGCGUUUGGCGAGCCCGACUCAGUGCCUAUCUCGGUCUCUGUGAUCCCCACUCUGCUUGCUAAGUCCUCUGCCAUGUACAACCCCAUCAUCUACCAGGUCAUCGACCUGAAACACUCCUGCGCUAAAUCCUCCUGUUUUCAAGUUCUGAAGAAGCGCACACAUUUAAAAAAGUCAAGGUUUUACACCAUUUCUGGCUCGCUUAAAGUCAGUCCGUCCAGUAAUGAGGCUCACAUUGAAAUGUGAGAGAAAAACAGUGGUAAUCUCCUAUGAUUUGACACCUGUCCAAUCACAACCCUGCUAUCAUCUGCAAAGAUAUUGACCACCGCUCAUCACCCAAACCUACUGUUCGCCACCCAGCCUUGCUGUAUCUAUGUUCCUGCUUCAAACAGCUCUCUGUACUCUCCUACCUCACGUCCCUCUGUGUUUACAGCUCAAGGCUGUUGUCAAGAUGUAUUUUUACACUUUGUACAGAUUGCGUAUUGUGACACCUGUGACAUGCAUAUUUAAACUUUAACCUUUAUGUGCUCCUGAAAGAUCUAAAGUGUUGUUAAGAACAAGGUAUGAUAUACAGAUGUUAGAUCUUAAUUUGACCAGUUUUGUUGAAGGAGUAAAAUAAUCCUGCAGCAGGAGGAGGAUUAUUUGAUUAUUCUCAAAAAAAGUUAUAAUUUCUAACAGGAAAAUAGUUCUGAUAGGCUACAGUAGGCUACAGUUUAGGUGUGAGAUCUAGUGAUAGAAAGAGAAACUGCAGGUUUUCAGGGACAUUAUGCUACGACUAGGACUCUUAAAUGUUCUGUGGAGCAAAAUGAUCCAAUUAAGAUACUAUAUCUGUACAGAGUGCUGGAGAGACUGUGGUGUUGAUGUUGGAGUUAAGCGUUAAUCACUGCUUCGGGCAGGUUUGACUGUAGCAGCACUUUUCAUCAACGGUCAAAGUCAUCAUAUGAUUCUUAGUGUCACUGGAUACAUGUUUAGAGACGUCAUUGACAUCACAAACUGCACACUCCACUGUGAGGUAGCCACCAGCGCAUGUUAAUUGGACCAAAUAUCAAGUCACAGCGCAACAAUGUCUGUUAAGAGUAGUGGCUAUGUGGUACAGCACUAUGCUCCUGUCAUCGUUAUCCAUUCUGUAUGCGCAGAUGUUAGCCUUUACGUCUCAUAUACAAGACAUUAAGAACACCUUCCUAAUACUGAGUUGCACCCUUCCUUUUACCCUCAGAACAGCCUCAAUUUGUCGGGGCAUGGCUUCGACAAGGUGUCAAAAGCGUUCGACAGGAAUGCUGGCCCAAAGUUGUGUCAAGUUGGCUGGAUGUCCUUUGGGUGGAGGACUAAUAAUUAUCCUAUUGGUUAUUACAACUGUCAUAUUGUCUAUUAUUGUCUUUUAAAUCUUUCAUAUAUACUCUAACUGAGGGUGUCCGCAUUCAACACACUGAAAAAACAAAAGAGGCCCUAGUCUCGCUGACCUCCUUAGAACAAUAGAAAGGUAGAAGGAUCAACACACCUGCACUCAGCCUAAGGUCCUAACAUUGGCAAGAACAAUCAACAAUCUUUAUUUGACAGGAUUUAUCCAAAAUCUUACAACAGGUGGGUCUAAUCCUGAAUGCUGAUUGGAAAACCCCAUUCCAGUUUGCGUCUAUUCCACAAGUUACCACCGGCUAAAUCUAUGACGUUAAAAUGCCUAUUUACUCUAUUCCAUCUGAUGGUGCAAUCCACUGUCUCAUCAGCCCAGCCAGGCAAUUUAUAAACUUGAUCUCCACUAUAAAAAGCAUCUAGACAUUAUGUCCUAUUUCUUUUAGACUAACAUUUAGUUUUCAACAGCGGAGAUUUGUAUAAACCUUGCUGUCUGUCUCUCCGACAUUUACAACAUUGCUUCAAUAUUCAAAUUCGAUCUCCAGCACAUGUUGGGACGAGACAGGCAGGCAACUUUUCUCAGCCAAUCGAAAUCAUGAAUCGGCAUCAUUUUUAUGGAUAUAUACAAAGAAAUAACAAUAGAAAACAGGUCAAACGAAACAUUUGCAGUCUUUCUAGCUGCAGUUUGAAGUGAUUCUGCUAGCUGUGUUGUUGGCUCGCUCCUCUGAACACCAGUUUCCUGAUGAGAGAGCACAUUUUCUAUGCCAGGCGAAAUCGCGCCUCAUUAGCUCAUUGUUAUGGAUGUAUCUGAUUAAAUGUCUCUAGAAAACAUUAAAAAAGGCAAAUGCAGCUACUGUUGUUAUUCUAGCUGCACUGAUUGACGUGACUGUAAGUUAGCCAUAGUUGGAUAUCUAGAAAGCAAGGGAUGAGUACGUUGCCAGCCAGUAUGGCAAUGGAACAUUUAGGACAAAUGAAUAGAUACAGAACAAAAAGACUGAACGAAUUGGUCGCGUCUCUGUCAACUGAACCGAUAGCACGAAUGACCAGAUGGCAUGGGUAGCAACUCUAGAUUUGUGUCGGCACUAUAUCUUGUGGAAGGAUGAAAUAGUAUGAAUAAAUUCAUCAAAAUAAUGUUUUUAAUGAAAAUAUGUCAAUCAUUAUUUGAAUAUGUUGGUAACCCGUUGUAUAAAAGGGAUGCCCUUGAAGCCAGUGUUUGGAGGAUAUAUUGGCACGGUUUGCCGGACAUCAACUUACAACACCCGUGCAAAUAUAUUCUCCAAACACCGGCUUCAAGGGCAUUAUCACUUAAGCAAUAUGUCCUUUCUCAGUGUCUUACUGGAUCUGUGUUUUUGUUGUUUGUAUGAUUUUUCAGUAUGUACUCUUUCAUUGCCUUGCUAAUCAUUUGAUUUGAUUAGUUUAUUAUUUUAUUGUGUAAAGUUGUGAAUGACAGUAUUAGGAGAGCUUAUUGAUAUCAAAUGUUCUAUAAUGGUAUGCAUUUUUUUCUCCAUUUUUGAGAUUUGCAUCUGUACAAAAUGUAUGUCAACUAAGAGGUUAAUAUUGAUGUCAAAUAUGUAGUAGUCAACUGUAAUGCUUACCUGUCAUCACAUCUUGCUUAUGUACAAAAUUAUGAAUGAGGAAGGAGAUAGCUAAUAUGGUGUCUUUAUUUGAUCUCAGGUAUAGAUUAAGACGAGGUGUAAACUUUUUCCUUGGUGGGCUGUCUGUAUGUCUCCACAUUACAGUAUUAAUCUCACCACGUUAUCUGCCUCUGUUGGGUUUCUUAAAGGGGUUUAAGGAUGAUGCACUAGUGUACUUCAACAGGGUUUGAUUGUGUCUCAGAAAAGAAGGCGGCUCUACAGGUGUAGGAUCUUAAUUUGAGACAGUUUGCCGCAGCAGGAAAGUAAUUAUUCAACAGGAGAACAUUUUUAUUAUUUUGUGGAUUAUAUAUAUUUUUUAAAAUUUGGGUUGACAUCAAGUCUGAAAUUUCAAAGUAGAAAUUACAUACUUCAGAUGCCUUUUUUAAUUUCCUGCAGCAGUGUGAUCAAAUUAAGAUCCUACAUCUGUCAUUCAUUGCAUUUUCCAAACUAAAUCACUGAAAGUGUUUUGUUUUAAUGUUUUAUCAUGAAGAACAUCAUCUGAAGAAGCAAGUACUGUGGUCCAGGUGGAUUAUGUCACAUUGCUUAUUAUCAUAUGUAUUUCCUAAAAGCAUACAGUAACUGUAUUAAUUUAUACAACCUGUAGUUUGCUUUCAAGUACCACAGUGUCACACCUUAUACUUCAUUCCACAUUCUUUGAGGAAUUCAUCUUUGUCCCUUUAUUUUGUAAAGAAAAAGUACAGCAUUCCAUAGCCAUUGCAAAUCUGUUGUGUUGAAUAAUGAUAAGUGCAAUAAAAGGUGCAGUUAUGCACAUAUAUUUA